AUGCCGGUCGAGGUUGCCUCGAUAUUGUCGACGCCAUUCCCCUCGGUCAUGUCAGUGGUGGGACAAGCAAAAACCACCUUCGUCGAGGAUAUGGCAGAUCCAUCAUUGCCUCGGACCACACGGGGCCAGUCUCAGUACACUGUCACAACCGCAAAGCCCCCUUCAGAGACGACCGACUGCUCUUCACGUUCUCUCCACCACCGUGACAGCGUCACCUCCAUCACGACCGCAUCAACCGGAUCCUCGCCAGCGACUACACACUCCACAUUCGAUUCUCCCUUAAUCCCGGAUCCUUCUCCAUCGUCCUCCCCCGAAUCCGCAUCAUCCAAUCUUCCUAUUUUGCCGUUCAGAAACAUAAUGGUGAAAAGUCCACAAGAGCAGGUUGUGGAGUUCCAUCGUCCUCAAGCCGGUCCGGUGACGGAAACACUCAAUGACUUGCCAGCCAAACCAGGGAUGAUGCUGGAGGAACCAACCAAGAAUGUUAAAAACUUAUCUCUGAACAUGGAUGCCGUGGUCCUACCCCGGCCGGCGACCUCUCACGGUUUCGAUCCGUCGCACGCCUUUUCCGCUCCACCAUCCCCUCUGAAAGACACACCUCGGUCAGGCAGGAGAAAGCCGACCAAUUUGACCAUUCGGACCCCGGGCUUUCAACAACAGACGUUCUCCAAGACGCUGGAUGUGCCCCUUACCUCUGAGUCGCGGCCAGGCUUGCAUCACUUCCAAUCUUCUCCAGCUCUGGCGUCGUUAGCGUCCCCAAGCAAACCUCCGCCCCAGGGCCUAUUUUUGCACUUGCCACCGUCCCAUAGCGUGACUUCAGACCCGAAAUCUGGAUCCAGCAGUUCUGGGCAUUCCGCUGGUGGGGCUCUUCCAGACUUGAAGGAGGAGGACGAGUUCCAUUUGCAACGGUCUCAAGAAACUCAAGAAAAGGGCUAUCCGAAAGGACCAGUCCUCAUCUAUGACGACGGCGUCUACCUCUAUCUUGAGCCCACAGCGGAAGAAGCUAGCAAUUUUGAUACGGUUAUCAACGUGGCGAAGGAGAUUGGUUGUCCGUUGGAGAUCAAACCUGAGGCACCACGGCACAGUAUCUCAGAACCACAGACUGCAAUCUCCGAGAUAUCGUUCAAAUCUGCCUGGGAGUGGCCACGCCCAAGCGAUGUUGAGACACCCGUUGAGACACCAGUCACUCCUAGGCAGAGAGGCCUGCUCCAGAAAAAGCAACCUGAGUACCUCCAUGUCCCAUGGGAUCACAACUCGGAGAUUCUGGAAGACCUCUACACCCUCUGUCGAUUGAUUGAUGAGAGAGUACGAGCUGGGAAGAGGGUAUUGAUCCAUUGUCAGCUGGGGGUCAGUCGGUCGGCCUCACUGGUGAUCGCGUAUGGCCUCUUCAAAGGAUACCAACCGGAUUUUCAUUCCAUGUACAUGACCGUGAAGCAACGGAGUCAAUGGGUUGGGCCGAACAUGAGCUUAAUCUAUCAGUUGACUGAUUUCCGGUCGAAAGUGGCCAAGGGAGCAUACGGGGACCAUACCUAUAAUCCUUCGCCGAGCUGGUGGAAACUGCAAGCACAGGAAUCUCCUGUCAUGGACACCCCAAUCGCCAGACAGACUCUCUGGGAAAGGAUUCCACCAAGCAUUGAUUGCCUGAAGAUGCCGGCCGCUGCGAGCAAGCCUACCAUACCAUCUGCAGCAAGAGUUCGGCCACCCUUGAGGGUAAACAAGACUCUUCCGCCUGUGCCUCUAUUCCCCAAGCAAGAACGAAACAACCUGGCCACUCCAGUCACCGCAACCAGUAGUGUGGACGACGCUGGAGCGCAAACCGACCAAGAAAGAACAACUCUUGCAGCCACGCCGCUCAGACGAGACAACAGCCCUUUGCGAAGUGUUCCCCCCAGGCCGUUGCCCUUCCGUGAACGUUUCGAAGGGAUUGUGGAAUCCGUCGUGGCGGCGCCCAAACCUUCUAAGUCACCACGGUUGGGACUAUUUGCCAGCUCGCCCAAAAUGGACAUUGCUUCCCAUGAUGUUCCUGAAACGCCGACACUCCUCUCUCCUAGAGCGGCCGAGUUUAUGGCAUCUCCCUUUGGUAUCACAGCGGCUGGAGACUUGGCUGUACCAACAUUAGCAACCGGUUCCGCCAAAGCACCUUUACCUCCGCAACAAGGGUCAUUUCUCACCUCAGAUUCCACAAGAGAGCACAUUCCUAGUGCGUUCGAUCCGAGAAGUCCGCAUCAGCAAGGCGAAGUUCCUGAGAUAUUCAGAAACAUCGAUGGAGUGCUGUAA